AUGGCCCCUAAAUUGCCUCCCCAAACGGUUCAAACCGAUGCAUCACCAGUCGUGCACGUUCGACUCGUGGUGCACACCCUCGGUCCAGCUAGUCCCAAUACUAGCGAUAACCACUGGUCAAUAUACCUGAUUCAUCCCAAUGGCGUAUCAUCGACUCGCAUCAACAUGAGAGCCGAGUUUGACGACCCGCACGAAAUUCUCGAGUGGACGAAACACGACUAUAUUCACACCACAUCCGCCAUCGCGUGUUGGGACAUCCCGGUCUCGGCGGGAAUUACGGUCGCAUCUAUCGCACGUCUUGUCUAUGGUCUUGGCCGUGAUCGAUACACAAUGUCUGGUGGAGGCUCGGGCUGUCGGUGGUGGGUGUACACAAUUGUACACGACCUGGCGCGAGAACGCUACGUCAACCAGGACGCUCCCAGUCAGAUUUGGCCCCAUCUAUUAUAUCUGUAUCAUACGCAGAAGGAGCGAAGACAGUUACAUAUGAUCCAAGGGGAGUUCUAUUAG